CCCGGCGCAGGCGCGCUGCCGCGAGUGGGGGGGCGGUGACGGACGCUGCGGCCGUGCUCAGCAGUGACCUCACAAAGGCGUCGCGGCCGACUCUCGCCCCUAUAGCCCGGCGGCCCAGGCUGCGCAGCUUCUGCCCACGGCUCCGUCCUGCCUCAGCGACCGGCCCUCUGCCGCGUCCCCGCCCGCCGAAGGAGGGGCCGCCCUGCGGGAGGGCGGUUUCGCUGCCUUUCCCCUCGCUUCCCUGCUUCCACCGCCGCACGCGUGACGCGCGGCUUUGUCGGUGCCGGGGCUGCCUUUGUCAGGCUGAGGGCCUUCGGCUAGGCCCGCCCCUCUUCCCGGGAGCCAUGUCCGAGCAGACGGGCUUGGCCCUGCCGCAGACCAUGGACAGAAGCUGCUGGGUUUGUUUUGCUACUGAUGAGGAUGAUCGGACAGCAGAGUGGGUGAGACCUUGCAGGUGCAGGGGCUCUACGAAAUGGGUUCAUCAGACUUGUCUACAGCGCUGGGUGGAUGAAAAGCAGAGAGGAAACAGUACUGCUAGAGUUGCUUGUCCUCAGUGCAAUGCAGAAUAUUUAAUAGUAUUCCCAAAGCUAGGUCCAGUUGUUUACGUUUUGGAUCUUGCAGAUCGACUGAUCUCAAAGGCAUGUCCAUUUGCUGCAGCUGGAAUAAUGGUGGGCUCUAUAUACUGGACAGCUGUUACGUAUGGAGCUGUGACAGUGAUGCAGGUUGUGGGUCACAAAGAAGGUCUUGACGUCAUGGAGAGAGCUGAUCCUUUAUUUCUUUUGAUUGGACUUCCCACUAUCCCAGUCAUGCUAAUAUUGGGCAAGAUGAUUCGUUGGGAGGACUAUGUGCUCAGACUGUGGCGCAAAUACUCUAAUAAGCUACAAAUUUUGAACAGCAUAUUUCCAGGCAUUGGAUGUCCUGUUCCUCGUAUUCCAGCAGAAGCCAACCCUUUGGCAGAUCAUGUCUCUGCCACACGUAUUCUGUGCGGAGCUCUAGUUUUCCCUACUAUUGCCACAAUAGUUGGCAAGCUGAUGUUCAGCAGUGUUAACUCAAAUUUACAAAGGACAAUCUUGGGUGGAAUUGCUUUUGUUGCUAUAAAAGGAGCUUUUAAGGUUUACUUCAAACAGCAGCAAUAUUUGCGCCAAGCUCACCGCAAAAUUUUAAAUUAUCCUGAGCAAGAAGGAGCAUAAGGCUGUGAUCUCCAAAUGUCGUACAGUCUCACCUAACAGGUUUCCAUGUUGUAUUGGUUCCAUCAUUAUUGCACAGUAGUGGAGAAUUGUGAUAAGUUGCUGCUCCUAUUUGUUUUCUUUAAAUAUAAUAAAGCACUGUCUUGUAGCAGGGUAAAUCCUUUCAGCAACCACUGAUCCUAAGAAUGUGACUUGGCUUUCAUUAUUUGUGGGUAUUUCUGUUGGGCCACGGGCUUCUGAAUUAUUUUCUUUGAGCCAAUAUGCUGAAUGGAAAAAAAGCAUCAACUACAAAACCAUAACACUUUAAAUUGUGUACUUAAUGUAGGCUAUAUCCAAAUGCCUUUUCUAUGUGUGUUUUCAUACCCAUGCUAUCAUCCAGUUCAGCAUUUCAUACAAUGAAGGGAAUUUUUUAUAAAGGAAAUGCAAGUCAUUAGCAAGGCGAAGUAAUUUUGGGACAUCAGGCAAUAAAGAUUUCCUUAGUUUUUGCUGGCAUCAAACAAGAAGUGUAAACAAAUGACUAGUCACAGAAAGCAGAAGAUAGAUCACUCUCUACAGGACUCCAGGACUCCUGUGUCAGCUUUAGUCACCUAAAUACUAGGUGUUGAAAUUAGCAUGGCUUCCAGGUGACUUUUAUUACUGAUAAUUUUUACUGUCCUGCUGUAUCUUCUGCAGUGCCUAGUGGUAUUUUCUCAUGGCUCUCUUACUGUUUUGUAACUGGUGCUGGAUAGUAUUUUUUCCCUUCCGUGUAAAAUAAUUACAUGGGGGGAAGUAAAUUUCAGUUGCUUAUGGUUAAGUAUUAGAGCACUUGUUUAGUUUUCAUGUUCCUUUCCAUUAUGUAAAUAUCCCUACAAGUACAAAGAGCAGUAGAAGUGUAGGAAACAACAAUGGACACUAAAGCUACAUUUAAACUGACAGAUUAGGGCAUCCUUCUAAUCUUCCAGACCUGGGUGCAUAACUUGGCUCUGUACCAGGUCUAGGCUUUCUUCUGCCCACACAAGCUCUAGUGGAAGGAAGGAUUCUAGUGGAAGGAAGGAUUCUAGUGGAAGGAAGGAUUCUAGUGGAAGGAAGGAUUCUAGUGGAAGGAAGGAUUCUAGUGGAAGGAAGGAUUCUAGUGGAAGGAAGGAUUCUAGUGGAAGGAAGGAUUCUAGUGGAAGGAAGGAUUCUAGUGGAAGGAAGGAUUCUAGUGGAAGGAAGGAUUCUAGUGGAAGGAAGGAUUCUAGUGGAAGGAAGGAUUCUAGUGGACAGGGGAGACACUACACUUUGGGUACCUCAUCUGAGCAUGGUACAUACCAGCAGGCUAGACACUCUUAAGGCAACUUGGCUCCAUUCUGUAAAGGAAUCUUAAAUGUGUAAUAAACUAAGUUUAUAUUUAUACAGUAAGCUUUACUGUUACAACAUGUUCAAAGUAGCCAGCUGAGGGAGACAUUAGCACUUCAGUUAUUUGAUGCAUUUGUAAACUUAAUUUCAACAGAAAUUAACUGUUUUGUGAAGUUAAACUUUGACAAACAUAAUAUGGACAUUUACUAUUUAUACCAGAGCUAACCUAGAUUUAGUAUGUGAACUUUUUUCUUAACAACAAUUUAUUUGUUUUCUCUCAAAGUUGGGGUUUUUUUCCUUGUUCAUAUUAGUAUGUCAAAUGCAUGGAGAAAGGCUUAAAAAAAUCUUUUCAUGAAAGUAUUCAUAAGUAAAUAUUUCUUUUCACCAGAAAUUAAGUAAAUGCAGAAGGGACUUCAUAUUUGACUGCAAUAACAUAUGUUAGAGAAAUUCAAAAUAUGGUACAUUUUCUAUAGUAUGUUUAUCUUAAUUACUGAGAUGUAAUAUUUUAGAACUGUACAAAAGUGUAUAUAAUGGCCAACUAGUAUUCAAAAGCUAUACAGGUAUUGAAAAUUAUACAUUCAAUCAAUAUCAAAUACUUUUGAGGUUCUUGCUGUAACUGAAGAAUUACUAUAAUCCUGUAAGUCUGCUGAUUAUAUUUGUCUUAGUGGGCUCACUUUUAUAUAAAACUCUAAAUAGAGUAGCAACCUCUGACAGUUGCUGCUUUCUGUAAGAUAGUCUUGAAACAAUAUAAUAUGUAUUUCUUACAGAAUUCCUCAUUUUGAGAAACAGCUUUUCAGUGGUCUUCACUGUAUAUAUUUCCAACCAAUUUAUUACUGUUUUUUAAAGUUUCAUGAAGAAUUGAAUGACGCGAAUUAGUGGGUUUGAAACUUGUUCCAUGGGAAAGCUCAUUGUCUCCUCUGGAAGUUAAAGCUAUUGUAAAAAUACAAUUACAAAAAUACUGAAAUACUGUAUGGAUUAUAAAAUUAUUUCACCUGAGUGGCAGAAGGUCAUGACUCUGUUGUAAAUCUUGUUUUUAAGUAUUGAAAAUUAUAGUUACAUUGAAUUAGGUUGAAUAAAUAUUUUUUACACUC